GGCCGAACGGCGAGACGUCUCGGCUUGUUCUUCGGUCAAGUUACAGAGGACCUGCCGAGAUAUCGUCUGUCAGUCAUGUUUACUUAUUCAUACAGUUUGUCACCUCCAGCCUUUCCUUCACGUCCAUCUUCUGCUUAGCUUCCCCGCAAUUAUCGACGCACACGACUCGUUUGUGGGCUUCUACGCCAACUUACGUUGACGUUUCAUUCAAUAUCCCCUGAGACACAAAACCACAAGCAGUCGUUCGGUUUGUCUCUCUUUAUUCAAACGUUACUCGACCAGUCUGUUAACCAAGCUACAAACUACUACGUGUGAGUAAAACUCAAAACGACGGAUCAAGGACGGCCUCUGAAUUGACCCUGACGGAUCAGAUAAACGUCACACUACAGUAACGACCACCUUGAUGCAGUCGGAGAUGAUGCUGCCCGCGUGAAGGACAUAUGGAGCGUACGGCUGUGAAGGACGGGUGGUGCUGGUGUUAGCGGACGCGUUAGAACGCCAGAUGCACUGAGUCGCAGUAGUUGGUGAGGAACGACAGUCAAGCGAUCAACAGAAUUGGCUUCAGAAGCUGAAAAUGAAUUAACCCUGGAGUUGAGUCGAGGAAACCGCUUUGACCCUCCGUACGUCAGGCAGAGAACCCUUUCCUGAUGGAGUACACUGAGCGCGUGCUCUGUGGCACAGGGGAGGCCGAGCUGGACCCCAACAUUGUGAGUGAAGAAGCAGGAAAGCUGUACUCCGAGCUACAGACCGUCAUCGAGACCCACGGUGAAGGUGUGGUGGAGUCGCUGGUGCCCAUCUUCGUGUGGGUCCUGGAGGGGCUGGCCAGCUGCAAAGCCCGGCUGAGAGAGCGGGAGGAGGAGGCGGAGAGAGAGACAGCUGAGCGGGAAGAGCUGCUGGAGAGAUACCAAGCGGAGAAAGCCCUCCGGAAGGAGAGUCAGGAGAGGUACCUGGAGCUGGAUGACCAAAUUGAUCAAGAGAGGAGAGCCAUGAGGGGGAGGGAAAAGGAGAGAGAGCGGCGAGGGAGAGAGCUGGAGAAGAAGGCGAGAGAGCAAGCCGAUCAUAUGGGGGCCUUGGAGGACCAGAAGGCCAAUCUGAGCAGAGAACUGAGCACUCUGAGGCAUACUCACAACAAGCUGGCUCACACGUAUUGGGAACUUUUGAAAAAGAGAAAGGAUUCUGAAAGAGAUUCUCCUUUAAGGAAUCAUGUGAUUCUCAAGAAUAAUCAUUUUCCGUCCGGCCAAGUCUUGUCAGAAUCCAGUGUGAAUGAAAAGAUGAUGCAGAGGCCACACUCACAGUCUGGUCCUCCCUGUUUGGAAGAUUUAGUAGCCAAGGAAGAAAAGGCGAUUGACAUUGCAGCAAAGCCCGUCGCAGAUACGUUUAUCAAUGACAUCAUAAGCUCCACUCCUGAGCUCAGGCCAUUUCAUGGCGGUGUCUUUGCAAGCCCCGUUAGAUCGAACACCAAAAAGCCACCGCCAGAUAAGUCGGAGAACAGCGUGGAGGACGAGAUAAGGGAGGUGGAGGAGAGUGGUUGCAAAGCAGGAGAGGUGCAAGGAGCAGAGAGGCCGGAUAAAGAAGAAGAGGAGGUGGAGGAAGACGAUAGUUUGGAGUGCGAGUUGCGCAACAAUGACUCUGUGUUCUCGGAGCUGUCAGACCUGAGUGUGGACUACGUGGAGAGUGUGGACCGAGGGGCCAGCGUCAGAGGCAGUACCGACCAGUUCGAGGAGAUUAUUUCUCAGUAUGAGGAACUGAAAGUCACCCACGAGUCGGCAGACGCCGCCCGCAAGGCUCUGAUCUCUCGGGUGGUCGAGCUCACUGAUGACCGCUCGGCUCUUAAACUGGAGGUGACCUCCCUUCAGGAAACCGCGUCGCGAUUAGAGGGGCGGGUGAAGGAGAAGGAGGAGGAAACUAAGAGACUUCGGAAAGAACUGGAAGAGUGCCAGUCUGAGGACCCUGAUGCCUCUCUGCCUACAUCCAUGCGGCACUUCUCUCGCUCUGAAAUGGCCCGUGUGGUGAUGGAGAAGAACCAAUACAAGCAGCGUCUGUUUGAGCUGCAGGAAGCUGUGAGACGUAGUCAGACACUCAGAGCAACGAAGGAUGAGAAGUUAACGGAGGACAAACGGUCAAGUGUUUGGAGAAAGUUCAACCGCUUGUUCGGGCUGUCCAAGGUGCCUCUAAUCCCACCUCAUGCUUCUGCAUUCGCCCGGUCGACUUCUCCGUCCCUCGCUCGCUCUACUCUGGCGUCUCCACAACCACCGGCUGUCACUCAAACUCCCGCCGAAUACGCUUCCCCUGCUGCUCUCUCUCCUCGUGUCAGGAGGCGAGAACUCUACAGAGAAAUUCGCUCCCACAUUUGGGGAUCGCUCGGAAAACGGCAGAUGCACGGCUGGAGCACGCCGCUUGCCAGCACGCAGGAAUACCAUGAACCUGUGCCGGAGCCUAAGGACGUGCCUGUACUGAUGCAGCUCAGACUGCUGGAUCAGAGAGACUCCACAGCAAAGCUGAACUGCGCGGUUGCAGUCACGCCUGAGAUCUCCGGAGAGGCCACAUGUUCUGUGUGGGUGGUUUCGGGCCCGGCCUCCUGCAGUGACAUUACGGUGAUCGAUCCAGCGCUGCCCAACACAGUGCUGGAUCAUUUCUGCCUCCCCCCCACAGCUCCUGCUCUCUGCAUCUGUGCCGUGCCUCCAAUAGGUGACACGGCAGGAACUGUGUGGAUCGGAACCCAGGAAGGAAGUAUACUGGUACACUCCGCCUCUGCUGGCAGGAGGCAAUGUCUGCAGUCUGUUUCUCUCUCGGAAGGAGUUCAUUCGCUCAAAUAUUCUCAGGAUCAAGUCAUAGCGGGUUUAGCAGAUGGGACUUUGGCAUUUUUCUCACACAGCUCAGGUGGCUGGAAUCUACAGUCCCACUCGGUGAUGCCUCUUGGAUCGAACCCUUUGCAGCCCAUUCGCUGCUGCCUGGCUAAAGGAGGUCGCCUGUGGGUGGGAUAUUGGAACAAAGUCCACGUGGUGGAUGUUGUCAGCAGGAAGGUCGAGCAAACAUUCUCGGUCUCUGAGCGCAGCGAGCAGCAGGUUCGCUUCCUGUGUGCUGGUGGAAGCGGCGUCUGGACGUCCUGCCGACUCGACCCGAUCCUCAGACUGUUCGAUUGGUCGUCAGGACGGCCGCUUCAGGAAGUCGAUUUCACCGCUUUGGUCACUAAAACUUUAGGCCCGGCCUUUCUGACGCUGUCACCUCUCCAGAUCUCAUCUCUCACAGUCAUCUCCAGCCGUCUGUGGGUGGGCACGGGAGGAGGCGCCAUUUUCUCCAUCCCAUUAUCCAUAACAUCAGAGGAUGUUUCCAUCCCAUAUUGCUCAAUUUCAUCAGCCCAGCUGUGUUACCAUGGACAUAGACAAGCUGUCAGGUUCAUCAUUGCUGCACCUGGUUGUUUGAUCGUCCCUCCUGGCAGCAAUGACGUCACUACCUCUCAGCUCAUCCUCAGUGCAGGAGAGGGCUACAUCAACUUACGCGUUGGAGACGAUGCCAACGAGGGAUCGGCAGAGGUGUCCCAAACUACACCUCAGCGGUCCGAACGCAGUCACAUCAUCGUCUGGCAGAACCCCAGCCCCGCCGCAGCCAGCGCGGCCCUCUGACAUCAAGCAGCUCCCCCUCCUGUCAUUUCUGCAAUGAGAUAAAGACGUUGUGCUGCCCGCCAGCAAACUUGGAAACAGCAAUGGUGCUUUUAAUGGAACUGAACGAACGAGCGUCUCAAUGUGGCAGCAAUAAAAGUAUACGUGUGAUUGUGAAUUUCUGGUCAGGUAAUCAUCUUUGUCAUUGUUAAUACUUAUACCGGUUUCCCUGACAUCUUUAUUUCUCCAAGGGGGCCCCAGGUAUUUCUUUCUUUUUGAUCACAAAUUACAUGUAUGUGUACAUACUUUGUUGUGAACUGCAAAUUGGAAACAGGUAUUGAUCUUCUCUCAGUGUAUCGAACAGCACAGACAAUCAGACACAAUUAUCUCCUGAUAUGGGAUCAUCUCUUUUGAUUGUGUUGUUUUUUUAAUUUUCAAGUUCUUCACAUUGCAUAUUAUGUAACUGCAAACAGUGCAUUUUGAAUUUGUAUAAAAUAAUCGAUAUCCCAUCUUCUAAAUGAACAGCUUCAGUGGUUGUUAUAAAUAUUUAUUUUUAAUAUCACUUAUUGGCCUAAUAUCUGGGGAUGUCUUUUGUUUUGAUUUUAUUUCACUAUCUCCUGUUAAAUAAGGGGAAGGAUUUGUCAGUAUUCAUGAGCAAUUACAAGUUUGUACAUUCAAUGGAUCUCCUUAUGCUUCUUGGAAAAUAAAUCAAGACUUGAGUAUAUGUUGACUCUAAACUUGAGCAAACAUGGUUGUUGUAAUUAAAAUAUCUUGAAUUUGUCAA